AUGCCUCGUCAUGAUGAUCGAUAUGGUGGUACUCGUCUAUAUGUUGGCCGCUUGUCUUCCCGUACACGUUCUCGUGAUCUGGAAGAUCUUUUCAGCAGAUACGGAAGGUAAAAGGUUUACUCGCAGAAAUAUAUCUCUUUUAUUCGUUAAAAUAAAAUCACUCUUACACACGCACACACACUUUACAAGGCUGUUUAUGUAAUUUUUCUUUUCCACUCAUAUAACAUCCACUAUUUCGCCCAUCGAAAUGUAAGUUUCUUAGGGUAUGAUGCUAUUUUUAUCUGUAUUAGGUCGUUUGGAGUCAGGUUGAAAGGUAUUCCACGAGUCGUCUUUUUGUUUUCCUUUUAAAAAUGUUAUCUUCGUUAGAAGGUUGAACCCCAGGGACCAUCAUUUAACUUGAAUGAUGUUGUUGAAGGUUAUGGGGUUUACCAACCUGGAUGGCCGUGGUAUGAGGGUGGCUUGGUGGAAUUGGUGGCUAUUCAUGCAAAAUGUUCGUGAGAGACUUUGGCGAUUCUUUCCGUAAUAUAAUGUUUUUAUGGAAGUGGCGAGAGUUGCAAAGUGGUGUCUAGUUCAUCUUCUGAGGGGCGAAGUAUCACUCCCUUGGGUACUUUAAGUUUUGCUUGCCUUACUGUUUCUGGCAACCAUUUCCGCAGAAUACGGGAUGUGGAUUUGAAGCACAACUUCGCAUUCAUAGUAUGUGCCUUCUAUUUCCCAUUGACUGUUCAUAUCCCGUUUUAUGUAUCUGAUCCGUUCAUUUAUUUGCUUUGAUGACUGGUCGAUUGUUGUCCAUAUAUGAGCCCCUUCUCCUUUGGUUUCCUCAAUGAACUUGUGCAGGAGUUCAAUGACCCAAGAGACGCUGACGAUGCAAGGUAUGCACUAGAUGGGCGGGAUAUCGAUGGGAGUCGUAUCUUGGUCGAAUUUGCCAAAGGAGUGAGUAACCAUGGCUUUCUACAAACGGAUUAUGCAAAAUAUUUAGUUCUUAUGUACGUCCGCCGAUAUAUGUAUAUAUUUAUUGCACAGGGACCGCGUGGUGCUGGUGCUUCUCGUGAAUAUUUGGGAAGAGGCCCUCCACCCGGGUCAGGCCGGUGCUUUAACUGCGGAUUAGAUGGCCAUUGGGCCCGAGACUGCAAGGCUGGAGACUGGAAGAACAGAUGCUACCGUUGUGGAGACGGAGGGCAUAUAGAGAGAAACUGCCAGAACAGCCCCAAGAGCUUGAAGUAUUUCCCUCGUACAGUUAAUUCAUUCAAUUAUUUGCUCGAGUUUUGUUUGCUUCUAUUGGGUUAUCGAUUUAGAUUUCUCUCUGAAGGGGCCGGAGUUACUCGCGGUCUCCCUCUCCUCGUCGUGGGCGGAGCCGCAGUCGCAGUAGGAGCUUGAGCCGGAGCCGCAGUUACAGGUCCGACCUCCACAUCGAUUUUUUAUAAUCUUUUUGAUCAUCCUUUUUCCGAAAUUCAUUGACGAUCUCUGCACCAUCGUCAGCCGGUCCCGGUCUCCUGCUCCGAGAAGGGACUACAGUGUUGAGCGCGAUCGGAGAUCCAGGAGCCCCCGUGGCAGCCGGAGCCCGCCGCCGUCCAAAGGGCGGCGGCGCAGCCUGUCUCCCGCCGGCAGCCGGAGCCCUCUGGGGAGGCCAAGCCCCCAACGUGGCGACCGCAUGAAGGCGGAGAGAAACGGGUCGGACUACAGCAGGAGCCCCAGCAGGGAGAUGAGCAGGAGCCCACCCAGAAGGGACAUCAGUAGGAGCCCCCCCACCAGAAGGGAGAUGAGCAUGAGCCCACCCACAAGGGACAUGAACAGGAGCCCCCCCACCAGAAGGGAGCGGAGCAGGAGCCCACCCAGAAGGGACAUCAGCAGGAGCCCCCCCACCAGAAGGGAGAUGAGCAGGAGCCCCCCCACCAGGAGGGAGGACAGUGGGAGCCCGAGGAAAGAGACCAGUAGGAGCCCCGUGAGUAACGAGCGGGGGGAGGACUCGCCAUCCGAGCACCAAUUGGGAAGCCCUCAAGCCAACGGCCGGAGCCCGUCCCCCGGCGGCGGCGAGGAGGAGUCCCCCCGGAACUGA